AUGUCAGCAAUAAACGCAUUUAUUCAUAGUGUUGCAGCAACGGUCACUGGUCAUGGUGAUUCAUCGAAACAUGGUACCCCAACAUCGCCUCAUACGCCUGUUAGUACUCAAGCUCAAUCGGCUCAAUCGGCUUCUCAUUCAGCUACGAUGCAUACAACAACAUGUGAUGAUGUCAACGUAAAAUCGGUUAUUAGUACGGAUACACAAUCAAAAAUAAAGAUGGAAAAUCAAAACAAAAUUGCAUCAUUAAUGUCAAAAUUGGGUUCAACACACUCACAAAUCGAUGAGUAUUCAAAACGAAGAACAGAGGAAAUAAGUGAUGCUGUUAGACAAUCAAUAACAAAAAUUGUUACUGAAACACAAGCAGAACAAACAGUAUUACUACAAGAUGCCAAUAUUCGUUCAGUUGAGAUUGAACAAGAAUAUAAAUUAAAAUUACAAAACUAUCUUGAAAAAUUAGAUGAUGAGAAAGCACAGCUUUUAGCACAAUUAGAAAAAGAAUUAAAUCUACGGCAAGAUCGAAUAUUGGAUGAUGCACGAAAACGUAUCGACGAUUUAAAUGAACAGGCAAAUCGACUGAAAAUGAAUGUGUUGAAAGAAGCUCAAAUAGCUGGUAAUGCUAAGAUAGAACAAAUAACUGAUCAAGUUGCUGCAUUGGCUGCAGAUGAUGCAUCACGUCGUAUGCAAUCAACAACAACAACGGUCGUAACAACACAAGCAAAAUCAGUUGGCGGCCAUUCGUCACAUAUUGAAAUAAGUGAGCAUAAACGUCAUUAA